AAAACUUCCUUGUUGAUGUAGAUGGGUCAUUAAGACCCCACCGUUUUGUAAUAAUAUGAUAACUAUGUUGCAGUCGCUGUUUGCCGUUGGAAUUGUAUUUCUUUGCAUUCUUACAAAUAUCAGAGGUGAGCAAUCGCGGGUUUUUUCAACAAACGAACAUUAUUCGUGGUUUAACGCAAGGGGCAAGUGUAAACUGCUAACGAAUGAAAGCAACUUUUCUUCUUUCUCGACAAGACGACUGGGAUGGACGAACUUUUCCGCGAAAUACCUGCCAUGGAUAGAGUAUUUAGGUUGCUUCGAAUUCCGUAAUGUGGACACAUUAUACAGCCUAAAAAAACAAGUAACACAAGGAGAGCAGCUUCAAGAAUGUAUUGUACAUUGCAAUAGUUCUCAAUUCUUUGGUUUACAGAAAUCCACAUGUUUAUGUCUACAAAGUUCGAAUCAUACAGAUCUCUAUAGAUAUAUUGUGAAAUCGUGUGAUACAAAUGCAGCAACUUGUUUGGGAGAUCCGUUUGGUUUUUGUGGCACGGAAGGCGGUAGGGAAUUCCUGUCUGUUUAUCAAAAGGUUAACAUUGAUGAACAAAAUAAAACCUUUAUUGGUAACUGCUUGGAAUUUGAUAACCGAAAUGGGAGAUUCAAAGCAAAUAAUUGUGCAACCGAAUUGCACCCGAAAUGCUACAAUGAGGUUUACGAAGCUUUCUACACAAGAAAAAGUACUAAAACUAAUUGGACAGAUGCCUUCAAUAAUUGCAAACGUGGCACCCUUGCUAGCUAUAACACAGUCAUUGGCAAAAUGAAAGAAAUGGGUUUUUAUGCAAAAUUUUGGCUUUCCAAUACAAGACGUUGGAAACGAAUAUUAGAUGGAGCAGGAUAUCCUGAAUUUUGUGUUGCUGCCAGAAUACAACAAAAUGGUGACGUAGAAAGAAGUAUCCAUAGGUGUAGUGAUCUUCUUCCCGCACUUUGUGUUACAUCUCGAAAGACGUCAACUAAUGCACCUUCUAAACCAUCUUCUACACUGUCACUCGUCACUACAUUUCAACGUAAACUUGAACAAACGUCUAUAUCUCUAAGAAGAACAGUUCCAGAUCGCAAAGAAACUACUGCAAUACCAACUCUGGAUUUCCAGCAAACAACAUUGCUAGUACAUGAAGAAUUUUCCUCAGGUCUACCGAGUAACGAUGGUUAUUCAGGUAAUGACAAACGUACUGUAUGA